AGAGCCACGGAGGCACCGCCGCGCACCCUGUUGAGCCUCCCCUUCCCAACCCGAGCCAGAGGAAGACGCCCAGGGGCUGCCGGAAACUCUGCCCUCCAGACCCACAACAGAGAGAAAGCCUGUUGAGUCUCCGGGUUGUUGUCGCUGCUGCUGCUGCUGCUUCUGCCUCCCGAUCCAAAGGGAGAAGGAUUGUGCUCCGCUCUGCGAGGCGGCAGAUUUCCUGACAAUCUCCUGCCUUCCAGACCCGCAACCACACCGUCUCUCUCUCUCUCUCUCUCUCUCUCUCUCUCUCUCACACACACACACCCCUCGGAGGAUGCCCUGGAGGGCUGGCUGGGCAUCGGCCUCGGCCCUCCCUCUUCCCUCCUUGUUGGACUUUGUGGCCGAUCCCCUCUGAAGAAGGUCCGAGCCGACCCUGCGGAGGGAGGACGAAGCGGCUGCUUCACCCAAAAAAACUCUGCUGAAAAGGUGGCCCAAAAGGAAGGGGGGGGGAGAAGAAUUAAGCAUCUUCCGGACUCUUCCUCGGAAACCAGAGAAAAGGAAAGAAAGGGAUCUAUUCUCAAAUCAAUCCCAAACUCUCGAAGUUCUCCUCCAUCCUUCGCCGAGGAAGCAUGGCAGGAGCGGGCAACUCCUGGGAGCUCCUCUGCUGCGCGAUCGUCGCCUUUGUGGGCAUCCCCGGCGCCGGGGCUCAAGAUGAUGUUUCCCCAUAUUUCAAGACGGAGCCGGUGCGCACCCAAGUCCAUCUGGAGGGGAACCGCUUGGUCCUGACCUGCAUGGCAGAAGGCAGCUGGCCCCUAGAGUUCAAGUGGCUGCAUGACAACAAAGAGCUGACUAAGUUCUCUCUGGAAUACAGGUACAUGAUCACAUCCUUGGACCGUACCCAUGCCGGCUUCUACCGUUGUAUUGUGCGCAAUCGCAUGGGAGCCCUGUUGCAAAGGCAGACUGAAGUCCAGGUGGCAUACAUGGGAAGCUUUGAAGGAACUGAAAAGCAGCAGAGUGUCUCACAUGGUGAAGCUGCCGUCAUCCGCGCCCCCCGCAUCGCCAGCUUCCCUCGGCCACAGGUCACUUGGUUCCGUGAUGGACGCAAAAUCCCUCCCAGCAGCCGCAUAGCCAUUACCCUGGAGAACACUCUUGUGAUCCUGUCAACAGUGGCCCCUGAUGCUGGAAGGUACUACGUGCAGGCCGUGAAUGACAAGAAUGGGGACAAUAAAACCAGCCAACCUAUCACACUCACUGUGGAGAAUGUCGGUGGCCCAGCUGAUCCCAUUGCACCAACCAUCAUUAUCCCACCACGCAACACCAGUGUGGUGUCUGGCACUUCAGAAGUGACCCUUGAGUGUGUCGCCAAUGCAAGGCCCCUCAUCAAGCUGCACAUCAUCUGGAAGAAAGGUGGGGUUCCAGUGUCCUUGGGCAUCAGCGACUACAACCGGCGCCUGACCAUUCUCAACCCCUCACUGAGUGACAGUGGCUACUAUGAGUGUGAGGCAGUGCUGCGCAGUAGCAGUGUCCCUUCUGUGGUUCGAGGAGCCUACCUCUCUGUGCUGGAGCCACCCCAGUUCACUAAGGAACCAGAGAGACACAUCACAGCUGAGAUGGAGAAGGUGGUACAGAUUCCAUGCCAGGCCAAAGGUGUGCCUCCUCCCCGGAUGUUCUGGUACAAGGAUGCAGUGCUACUUGGUGUGGAGAAGCUUGCUCGUUUCCAGCUCCUUGCCAAUGGGAGCCUACAGAUCAGUGGAUUAGUGCCAGAUGACACGGGCAUGUUCCAGUGUUUUGCCCGCAAUGCUGCUGGCGAGGUGCAGUCCUCCACAUACCUGGCUGUAACCAGCAUUGCCCCCAACAUAACCAAAGGACCUAUGGACAGUACAGUGAUUGAUGGAAUGGCAGUAGUGCUCAGCUGUGAGACUUCGGGGGCUCCCAGGCCAGCUAUCACCUGGCAGAAAGGUAAUGGUGAACGAAUCCUGGCCAGUGGUUCAGUGCAACUUCCUCGUUUUACACUGCUGGAGUCAGGAAGCCUCCUGAUCAGCCCAGCACGGAUCUCGGAUGCAGGAAGCUACACUUGCCUGGCCACCAACUCACGUGGAGUUGAUGAGGCAUCUGCUGAGCUUGUUGUCUGGGCCCGGACUCGCAUCACCAACCCACCUCAGGACCAAAGUGUUAUCAAAGGCACCAAGGCUUCCAUGACUUGUGGAGUAACCCACGACCCCAGUGUAAUUGUUCGGUACAUGUGGGAAAAGGAUGGUGCAGCUUUGAAUGUAGAGAAUGUGCCACGUCUGCGGCUGGACACAACAGGCACUUUACAUAUUGCUCAGACCUGGUCAGGUGAUAUUGGCACCUACACCUGUCGGGUAGUGUCUGCAGGAGGCAAUGAUUCUCGCAGUGCUCAUCUGCGAGUCCGGCAGCUCCCCCAUGCACCAGAAAACCCAAUUGCCAUGUUGAGUGCUGUGGAGAAACGUGCCAUCAACUUGACGUGGACCAAACCCUUUGAUGGGAAUAGCCCACUGCUGCGGUACAUCCUUGAGGUCUCCGAGAAUAAUGCUCCCUGGACAGUGCUCAUGGCCAGUGUGGACCCUGAAGUUACCUCAGUGCUGAUAAGAGGAUUGGUUCCUGCCCGCUCAUACCAGUUCCGACUCUGUGCAGUCAAUGAUGUGGGCAAAGGCCAGUUCAGCAAGGACACUGAGAGGGUGUCCCUCCCUGAAGAACCCCCUACAGCACCCCCACAGAAUGUCAUUGCCAGUGGCCGCACUAACCAGUCCAUCAUGAUACAGUGGCAACCACCACCUGAAAAUCACCAGAAUGGGAUCCUAAAAGGCUACAUAAUCAGAUUUUGCCUGGCUGGUCUGCCUGUUGGCUAUCAGUUCAGAAACAUCACUAAUGCCGAUGUCAACAACCUGCUGCUUGAGGAUCUGAUAAUCUGGACCAACUACGAGAUUGAGGUGGCUGCAUACAACAGUGCUGGCUUGGGUGUCUACAGUUCCAGAGUCACUGAAUGGACUCUCCAAGGCGUUCCCACCGUGUCCCCUGGUAAUGUGCAGGCUGAGGCCACCAACUCCACCACCAUUCGCUUCACCUGGAACCCUCCCAGUCCCCAGUUCGUCAAUGGGAUCAACCAAGGCUACAAGCUGAUUGCCUGGGAACCAUCACAAGAAGAAGACAUGACUGUGAUGACAGUGCGGCCUAAUUUCCAAGAUAAUAUCCAUGUGGGUUACAUCUCAGGCCUCAAGAAGUUCACAGAAUAUUUCACAUCAGUGCUGUGCUUCACCACACCAGGCGACGGACCCCGCAGCCCACCGCAGCUGGUGCGCACCCAUGAGGACGUUCCUGGUCCAGUGGGACACCUCAGCUUCAACGAGAUCCUAGACACAUCUCUGAAGGUCAGCUGGCAAGAGCCCGUGGAAAAGAAUGGCAUCCUGACAGGCUACCGAAUCUCGUGGGAGGAAUACAACCGUACUAACACACGUGUGACGCACUACCUGCCCAAUGUCACCCUUGAAUACCGUGUCACUGGCCUCACAGCCCUCACCACGUACACCAUUGAAGUGGCAGCCAUGACUUCCAAAGGACAAGGGCUGGUUUCCUCCUCCACCAUUUCCUCUGGAGUUCCACCAGAACUUCCUGGGGCUCCUACCAACCUGGGCAUCUCCAACAUUGGUCCUCGCUCAGUCACACUUCAGUUCCGUCCUGGUUAUGAUGGCAAGACAUCUAUUUCCAGGUGGCAGGUAGAGGCUCAGGUGGGUCAGACUGGUGAGAGUGAAGAAUGGGCCCUCAUCCACCAGUUGUCUAAUGAGCCAGAUGCCCGUUCCAUGGAAGUGCCCAAUCUCAAUCCCUACACAUACUACAGCUUCCGCAUGCGACAGGUGAACAUCGUAGGCACAAGCCCACCCAGCCUGCCUUCCCGCAGGAUCCAGACAUUGCAGGCCCCACCUGACAUAGCUCCUGCCAAUAUUACACUGCGAACAGCCAGCGAAACCAGCCUCUGGCUGCGAUGGAUGCCCCUCCCAGAGAUAGAGUACAAUGGCAGCCCAGAGUCUGUGGGCUACCGGUUGCGCUAUUCACGCUUAGACGGCCGGAGCCGCACAAUGACCAACACCAUCCAUGACCGCAUGGAGCGUGAAUUCACCAUUGAGGACCUGGAAGAAUGGACUGAGUACCGACUGCAGGUGCAAGCCUUCAAUGCCAUUGGGCCCGGGCCAUGGAGUCAGACCGUGGUGGGGCGAACCCGGGAGUCAGUUCCUUCAUCAGGACCCACCAAUAUCUCAGCCCUGGCAACUACAUCCACCUCCAUGCUGGUGCGAUGGAAUGACAUUCCCGAAGGUGACCGAAAUGGACUUGUACUAGGCUACAAGGUUAUGUAUAAAGAGAAGGAUUCAGAUGCCAGGGCCCAGUUCUGGUUGGUGGAAGGCAAUGCCUCACGGAGUGCCCAGCUGACAGGCUUGGGCAAGUAUGUCCUCUAUGAGAUCCGGGUGCUGGCUUUCACCCGCAUCGGUGAUGGUGUGCCCAGUAAUCCACCCAUUCUUGAGCGCACACUGGAUGAUGUGCCUGGACCCCCAGUUGGCAUUCUUUUCCCUGAAGUUAGAACAACUUCUGUACGGCUAAUCUGGCAGCCACCAGCUGCUCCAAAUGGUAUAAUUCUAGCUUACCAGAUCACCCAUCGCCUCAACACCACAACUGCCAAUUCAGCCAAUGUGGAGGUCCUCAACCCCAGUGCUCGCCAGUUUACUGCUACUGGUCUUAAGCCUGAGUCCACAUACCUCUUCCGUAUCACAGCACAGACCCGAAAGGGUUGGGGUGAAGCAGCAGAGGCACUGGUGGUCACUACAGAGAAGAGAGACCGUCCCCAACCUCCCAGCAAGCCAGUUGUAUUGCAGGAAGAUGUCAAGGCAAGGAAUGUGCUACUAUCAUGGGAGCCAGGCAGUGAUGGGCUCUCCCCAGUCCGGUAUUACACUGUGCAAACACGGGAACUCCCUGAUGGGAAAUGGUUGUUGCAUUCUGCCUCUGUCAACCACAACACAACAUCCUUCAUAGUUAACAGGCUGAAGCCUUUCACCACCUACAAAUUCCGAGUCAAGGCAACCAAUGACAUUGGUGACAGCGAGUACAGUGAAGAGUCAGAGUCACUCACCACUCUACAGGCUGCCCCAGAAGAAGCUCCCAUCAUCUUGUCAGUGACUCCUCACACGACCACAUCCGUCUUGAUCCGCUGGCAGGCUCCAUCUGAGGACAAAAUCAAUGGCAUCCUGCUUGGCUUCCGUAUCCGCUAUCGGGAGCUGGCUUAUGAAGGGGUGAGAGGUUUCACUGCACGCAGUAUUGGCAAUCCCAAUGCAAGAUGGACAGAGCUGACCUCAACAUAUGCCAUGAAGAACUUGACAGAGGCCUCCCUCACACAGUAUGAGCUGGACAAUCUAAACAAGCAUCGCCGCUAUGAGAUUCGAAUGAGUGUCUACAAUGCUGUGGGUGAGGGACCCACCAGUUCACCACAGGAGGUGUUUGUUGGGGAGGCUGUUCCCACAGCUGCACCACAAAAUGUUGCCAUCCAAAGUGCUACAGCCAUCCAGCUUGACAUCACAUGGGAGCCUCCACCUCCUGAGGCACAGAAUGGAGAUGUCCAAGGCUACAAGAUCUAUUUCUGGGAGGCCCAGCGGCAGAAUGAAACCGAAAAAGUGAAAACUCUCUUCCUACCAGAGAAUAGUGUCAAACUAAAGAAUCUUACUGGCUACACUGCCUAUCUUGUCAGCAUCCUGGCCUUCAAUGCUGCGGGUGAUGGGCCCCGCAGUCCACCUAUCAAGGCCAGGACCCAGCAAGCAGCCCCCAGCUCCCCAGGCUCAAUCAAGUUCAGUGAACUCACCACCACCUCCGUAAAUGUGUCCUGGGAGCCACCAGUUUUCCCCAAUGGAAUCCUUGAAGGCUACCGUCUUAUCUAUGAGCCCUGUAUGCCUGUGGAUGGUGUCAGCAAGAUUGUUACAGUGGAUGUGAAAGCCAACAGCCCCCUGUGGCUGAAAGUGAAGGAUCUGGCGGAAGGCGUCACUUAUCGGUUUCGAAUCCGAGCCAAGACCUUCACUUAUGGGCCAGAAGUGGAAGCCAACAUCACAACAGGACCAGGGGAAGGUGCUCCAGGUCCACCAGGUGAGCCCUUCAUUUCCAGGUAUGGCUCAGCCAUCACCAUCCACUGGUCAAGUGGUGACCCAGGCAAAGGACCAAUCACCCGAUAUGUUAUCGAGGCACGUCCUUCAGAUGAGGGGCUCUGGGACAUUCUCAUAAAGGAUAUUCCCAAGGAAGUGACCUCAUAUACCUUCAGCAUGGACAUUUUAAAGCAGGGUGUUAGCUAUGAUUUCCGGGUCAUUGCUGUUAAUGACUAUGGCUAUGGGACACCCAGCGCUCCUUCCCCAUCAGUGUCAGCUCAGAAAGCAAAUCCCUUCUAUGAAGAGUGGUGGUUCCUGGUGGUCAUUGCUUUGGUAGGACUCAUCUUCAUUCUCCUACUGGUCUUUGUCCUUAUAAUCCGUGGACAGAGCAAGAAGUAUGCUAAGAAGUCAGACUCAGGGAGCAACUCCAAGACAAAUGCACUUGGCCAUGGUGAGAUGGUCAGUCUAGAUGAGAGCAGUUUUCCUGCGCUGGAACUGAACAAUCGGCGUCUGUCAGUGAAAAACUCUUUCUGCAGGAAAAAUGGAAUAUAUACAAGGUCCCCACCAAGGCCUAGUCCUGGUUCUCUGCAUUACUCAGAUGAAGAUGUUACUAAGUACAAUGACCUAAUUCCAGCUGAGAGCAGUAGCCUUACAGAAAAGCCUUCAGAGAUCUCUGAUUCACAGGGAAGUGACAGUGAGUAUGAAGUGGACCAGAACCAACAGAAAGCCCAUUCUUUUGUCAACCAUUACAUCAGUGACCCAACUUACUACAACUCAUGGAGGCGUCAACAGAAGGGCAUUUCACGAGCUCAAGCCUACAGCUACACAGAGAGUGACCCUGGUGACCCUGACCAUUGCCCAAUAUCCAACAGCACCAGCACCCAGCAGGGCAGCCUCUUCCGACCCAAACCCAGUAGGACUCCAACCCCACAAACUCCAGUCAAUCCUCCCAGCCAGCAGAGCACCCUUUACCGCCCCCCCAGUAGCCUUGCCCCUGGGUCCAGAGCUCCUAUUGCUGGGUUUUCUUCUUUUGUUUGACAUUUCUAAAGGAAAGAAGAAAAAAAGAGAAAAUGGUUAAGAAGAUAAAAUCAUGGAUUUAAUAAUAAUAACAAUAAUGAAGAACAUUUUGGUCCAGAAUUAUUAUUUUUAAGAGGCGAUGAGAAGAUCAUGUGGGAGACAAUCAGUCAUAGCUGAGUUUGGAAUCAUUGACUGCUGCUGCUUCUAGUCUUGCACAGUGCUCUUCAAAAACUACCUGUCUGAAAAUGGUACACCUGGAGCAAGACAGGAGACAAGCCUGUUUUAGGAAGGAAGGAUGGAUGGAUGGCAACAGGGUAAAAGACUGGGAAUCCCAAAGCUAAGACAGCAUUUGGUGUCGCAGACCACCUCCUUGCAGAUCAACUUUCCAGACAGAAAAAGUAAUGGUGAACUGACAUUUCUCAGAAUAGUCUCUUUGGGUUUUAUUUCUUUUUUUUCUUUCUCCAACCAAAGCUUUCCUCGGAGGGGAACGGGUUAGGGCUCUGCAAGCAGUAAACAUGAGUCAGCUGGAUUGCCACAACCAGUGGUGCUUAAUGCAGUAUCUGCUAGCAUGUGUGCAAAAGGCUAGCUAAUAGGAACACACUCCAAGUGGCUAGCAACUGGCCAGUGAGAGACUGUCAAGACUUAGCCAUUGCUAUGUCAUGAUGGCAUUGAGUGCUGAGGAGCUGGAAUAGCACUGAAGAGAAUCCCAAUCUCUGAGGCUAGUUGAAGGAACUAUAGAGGUUUAAGAUGGGACAACAGCAUCUCUGACAUUCAUUUUUGCCUCCAGUUUGUGCUUCCACUCACAGUUGGAACAUUUGCAGAAAUUAACCAAACUGAAUGGUGCUGACUAAAUAAAGUGUGGUUUCUUUUAAUGUAUUUUCAGGUGAGGAUAUGAGACUACAUUUGAGAAUGGUUGGGAGGAAGAUGUAGAGUUCAAACUGUUGUUUGGCAAAGUGAUGCACUAUCAGUAUCACCUCAGUAGAAAGUGUCCUCCCUAUAGCUUUGCGGGAGAACUGAGCACCUGCUGCCAAACCAAGCCACAAGGCAAAACCCACCCCACAUGGUUGGAUAGUCUCUCAGCACCCUGUUUUCUUCUCAGUUCCUUUCCCCCCCAUUCACUUCAUUGGACAGGGAGAGAGGAAGAAAAGGGGGAAGCCCCAAUCCAAUUCAAGUGCAAUUUGAGGGGGGUGUUCAGGGACAAGAUAUAAACUUGACAAUAUAAAUGCUGCACAGCCUCUUGGUACUGGCGUUAGAAUGGAUAACCUCAGCAGGCUGUACCUCAGCCCCACUGCAGCGUUUUCUCUCCUCCUCCUGGUAUCAAAAUUAACAUUCUCUUCAGUUCCAUAGAAAAGGAGAGUUUGUCCCCAGUUCCCCUUUUAUAUCAUUGUUUUAAUUAUUCACAGCCCACAACACAUGAAGGAGAGGGAAUGGGAUCUGGGCGGGCGGUAAGAUGGAUUCAAAGUGGCAGCCCCCUCCUCUCCAUUUUUUUGUUUGUUUGUUUGUUUUGAGUUCUAUUUUAGCACAAGGUUAUGGGGGAGGUAUGUGGAAAGUUUUUUUGUUUUCUUUUGUUUUCUUUUGGCCUGGCAGACCAUGAAUACACAUACACACAGAGUGCCUACAGAGCCCCAAGAUCUGCGGUGGCCAUCUUCUCCCCUCCAGCAGGGUCAUGGGUUAGAGCAAAAGGCAAGCCCAGGAACAGUGAGAGGGAAGAGGGGAGGAAAGGAAAAUGGGAGCAUCCUGCUCUAACUGGGUUACCUUCUUUCCUGGAAGUGCUAGGGACAUAGCGAGGUCCAUUACGAACCCCUCACCUCACCCCAUGCCUUUAUUUGCACAUUGUUUUCAAAGCCUGGUUUACAAAGGAUUGAGCCUGGCACAUAGGGUCCUUUUAAUAAAGAAUCAAAAUGCAAUUUGAA